GUUCAAUCGGAUAUUUAUAAGAACAGAAGUAGUGAGGCGGAAGCGUUGAAAAAAUAUUUUUGUGAUUUAUUAUGCAAUAAUAAAAAUAUUUAUUGAUAAUCUGUGAUUAAACAUCAAUUAUAUUUUAUAUUAUGUCAGGUUCUAUUAGAGUGAUCAAGGGCUUGGUAGCUCUUGUAACUGGUGGAGCAUCUGGCCUUGGAGAAGCCACAACACGUCGCCUGAUUCAGAAAGGAGCAUCAGUUGUGAUUUGUGACUUACCCACGUCAAAUGGUCAUAAAAUUGCUGAAGAAUUGGGAGACAAGUGUGCUUUUGCUGCAAUUGAUGUAAAUAUUAGCUUGUUAAAUUUUUAUACAUUUCAUAUUCAGGUAAUUUAUUGCUGGUAACAAUUACUCUGGCCA